AUGUUCUUGAUACUCGCCGUAGUCGGCGCGUUUUAUUCAGUUGUAGCGACCCCGCCAGGCACAGCGUCAUCUGCGCACAGCGUCAUCUGCGCACGCCGAUCUUCGUCGGCCCCUGACACCCGCUUUGAAAAGGUCCACUUGGACAUCGUGGGACCCCUCCCGCCUUGUCAAGGUCACCGAUAUCUACUCACGGUGGUAGACCGUUUCACGCGGUGGCCUGAGGCGGCCCCCAUGCCUGAUAUCUCCGCCGCAACUGUCGCCGCUACCUUCACGAGCACGUGGGUUGCCCGCUUCGGAGUGCCCUCCACUAUCACUACUGACCGUGGGCGGCAGUUUGAGUCGUGUCUAUUCAGCGCCCUCACCACCUUACUGGGAUCUCAACGCAUUCGGACCACUUCCUACCAUCCGGCAUCAAACGGCAUGGUGGAACGAUUCCAUCGACAACUCAAAGCCGCCCUCAAGGCACACCCCAACCCCACCUCUUGGACGGAAGUUCUUCCUGUCGUCCUGCUCGGCCUCCGUUCAGUCUUCAAGCCGGACUUGGGGUGCACCGUAGCAGAGCUCGUUUACGGCACAACUCUGCGACUACCUGGAGAAUUCCUCGUGUCCCCCAAGGCUACUCCCCCGCCAGAUCCAGCAGACUACGUUUCCCGGCUCAAAGCCAUAUUCAACCAGCUUCGCCCAGCACCCCCUCGUCAACCAUGUUCCUCCAGGCUUUACGUGCACGACGACCUGGAGACGUGCACACACGUUUUCGUACGCGUCGACGCUGUCCGAAAGCCGCUACAGCCCCCUUAUACUGGUCCCUAUGAAGUCGUCAGCCGCACUUCCAAGUUCUUCUCCCUCAUCAUCAACGGCAAGCAAGAGCAAGUCUCCAUCGACCGAUUAAAGCCUGCAUACAUUGAGGCUCCUGCUGCUGACCUCACGGCUGCUCUGGUCUCCACCCCUCACUCCGUUUACCAGCCUGCCGUUCCCCAUUCAGCAAAGUCCGUCCACUGGGCCCCUGUCCUGGUGACGCACCGCUCUUGCGUUUCACCAACGCGCUAA